UGUUUAUGUUCAUUUUUCAUUAUUGUAAACUUUGACUUUUAGGUUAAGUUAAUGUUCUGUUGAUAGGAAAUUAUUAAUAUAUGCAUUGAAGGGAGCAGUAAUUUACAAACUAAUAGGCUAUCGUGCAGAAUUUAUUUAUACUUUAAAAUCAACUCCAUCAACGUAAAAUAUGAAAAAUACGUGAAGAUUAUUUUAGCAUAAUCCAAUCGGCUGUUUAUUAUAUUCUAAACUCAUAUAUAAUUGUGAUUUUUCGUUUUUUUUUAUAUAAAAUAAGUUUAUUGUUAACCUAGCUUGACUACAAAAUGAUGCAACAGUAUAUGAAGGAACUUGAACAGGAGCCAUUUGACCCAGAAGAGUUUGUGGAGCGCUUGGCAUGGAGGACAGUGGACAGCAACCGUGAAGAGGGAAACAGCACAUUCGAUCCUGUCUUGAUGCAUGAGACAUUUUCGCAGGCAAUCAAGGAUUUACAGUUACUCUUAGAACGCCAACAGAAGAAAUGUGAAAAGUUAGAGCAAGCUUGUCAUGAUGAAGAGGCUAACCACUGGCAAGAUAUUUCCAAGUUACAGGAAAAGAAUAAGUCAACGGUUAGCCUGUUCCAAGAACUGGACGAGAGAAUAAACUUUGUGGCCACAAAAGUGAUACACCUGGGAGACCAGUUGGAGAGUGUCAACACACCGCGAUCACGUGCUGUCCAGGCUCAGAAGCUCAUGAACCACUUUGCGGAGUUCCUCUCUCCUGGCCCAGUCAUGGCAGAGUUUACGCAGAUUGAUGAGGCAGCAGAUGUUAUACAAAAACUACAUUUGAUUGCUCAGGAACUACCCCCAGGAAAAUUUGAAGAGGCCAAGAAGAAGAUAGCAGUGAAGUACGAUGAGAUCGAGAGGGCUCUGAUAGAGGAAUUUGUUGAGGCCCAUCGCAAGUAUGAUGUAAACAGAAUGCAGGAGAUAGCUGCCAUCCUCUCACACUUCAAGGGCUACACUCAGUGUGUCGAUGCUUUCAUAGAGCACAGCCAGUCAAACACAUUUGGUGGCAAGGAUGUGUUCAGUGAUGUAAUCCCAAUGUGUGAGAAGAACUUCAAUUUGAUGAGUCAAGUUUUCAACAAUCCUGAACAAGUUAUGGGCAAAUUUGUCCUAAACAUUUACCACUUCAAACUUCAGAAAUACAUUGUUGGAAAACUCUCUGAUAAAUCAGAUGCUGACAAAUAUCUAAAGAACCUCAUGGAUUUAUAUAGCAGAACUGUCCAACUUUCCAAGGAAUUGUCCCGAUACAACAUGGGCACCGACGACACAUACCUCAGCACUCUGACAAGGAACAUCUUCCAGAAGUAUUUCGACUCCUAUAUCAGUAUAGAGACUAAAAGUCUGAAGGAGAAGUGCAUAACAAUAUUGAACAAGUAUUACGAGUCCAAGGGUCACCAGAAGAAGCAGUUGCAAGUUGGAGGAUUUCAGGAUUUGAGGCGAGAUCUUCAGGCCGUGAUCGGUACAAGAGCCAAUAUCAACAUUGCUCAGAUAGAGGACUACGGAGGAGAAACAUUCCUGUCCGAGGAGAUGGCUAUAGCUCUCCUACAGGAAACCAAGCUGGCCUUCCAACGCUGUCAACUGCUGUCACAGCAAGCAGAGCUGGCAGACAAUGCUGCCCGGAUAAUGGAUGUUCUGCUAGAUCAGCUGAUCACAGAACACGUGGAGUAUGCCAUAGAGCUGGGACUGCAGGCUGUGCCCAUCCCAGAGACCAAGACUCAGCAGCCACAGGUCUACUUCUUCAACAUAGUCAGUCAAGCCAAUGCUGUCAUCCAUCUUGUCGAGAAACAGUUCAGCGACAGUCUCAUUCCCAUAGUCAUAUCCACUCCUAAACAUGGAGAAUGUCUACAAAUGAAGAAGAGAAUUUUGGAUCCAAUUGAAACCAAAUUAGAUACCGGUCUUGACAGAUCCAUAAAUGCAGUCGUUGGCUGGGUAAAGAUAUUUUUGCAGGCUGAACAGAAGAAAACAGAUUUUCGACCAGAAACAGAUGUGGACACAUUAGCAUCUCCUGCAUGUAGUGUGGUGGUGCAGUACAUGAGCUCCAUAGUGGCUCACAUCCGAGACAGUCUCGACGGCAAGAACGUGGAGUAUGUUAUGUGUGAACUUGGCUGUCGCUUCCAUCGUGUUAUCUACGACCAUCUGCUGCAGUUCACCUAUAAUUCCGCAGGAGCGAUGUGUGCAAUCUGUGAUGUAAACGAGUACCGCAAAUGUGUAAAGGAGCUGCGGUCGCCACUGGUAAACACACUGUUUGACACUCUCCAUGGACUCUGCAAUUUGCUGCUGGUCAAACCAGAAAAUCUCAAGCAGGUCUGCACAGGCGACACUCUGGCUGGGUUGGAUCGUUCCAUUCUGCUUAAUUUCAUACAGCUGAGAAGUGACUACAAGACACAAAAAUUGGCAAGUUCUCUUAAAGGACUUGCAGCAUAGCUCAUUCUUGAAUAAUCCCUGUAUACUAUUUACUUUGUAAUUAUGUAUUUAUUAUUAAUUUAUAACAAUUACAAAAUAUUAUAUAACUAUAUUUUAUAACAAAU